AUGUCUACGGUCAAGCGCAUUUCUACGCGCUCGUCGAGCAGGCUCGCAGCUCGAGCUAGCUCUUGCCACCCUGCUGUCACGAUAUUUGAGCUCAAGGAGGACCCAGAGCCACGACGGCCAGCGAAACGCGUCAAACUGGAAGAAGGCGAGGAUGAAUUCGUGCAAGGAUCCAGUCAGGACCUCGUCCCGAAAUCAGAAACGAUUUUGGAACCGAUGAUUGAACGAAAGACGGGAUCACGGAAGUCUAAAGAAGGGAAGGAGAUGAAAGUCGACCGCUCACCGUCAAAAUCUCCCCGAAAAUCCAAGCCUAUACCACAGUCUUUGAAGGAUCCUCAUCCUGCACCAGAGAAUUGGAGGGAAGUUUACGAUAAGAUCAAAGAGAUGAGGAAAAAUGUAAUAGCACCCGUGGACACGAUGGGCUGCCACCAAGCUCAGCACGCGGAAAAGGAUCCAAAGAAUAGACGAUUCGCGGUCCUCGUCUCUUUGAUGCUUUCCUCGCAAACGAAAGAUGAAGUCACCAAUGCUGCUGUUUUGAAACUCCGGGAAGCGCUUGGAGGCACUAUAUCUGUGGACACGAUGAUCGCUGCGGAAGAGAAAACGAUAUCCGAGGCGAUAGGAAAAGUGGGUUUUUGGAGGCGCAAAACUCAAUAUCUUAAGCAAGCUGCACUCCAGCUCCGAGAUGAAUUCGGAUCUGACGUUCCGAAGACCGUCGACGAACUCUGUGGACUUCCUGGCGUGGGCCCCAAGAUGGCCUUCCUGGCCCUACAAGUAGCAUGGAAUCUUAAUCAAGGCAUCGGCGUCGACGUCCACGUUCAUCGAAUCACCAAUCGCUUGGGAUGGCAUAAACUCCCGACGAAGAACCCCGAAGAAACGAGGUUGAAUUUACAAUCGUGGCUUCCAAAAGACCUUCACGCGGAAAUCAACUACAUGCUCGUUGGCUUUGGACAGAUGAUUUGUCUCCCCGUCGGUCCACGCUGCGAGCAGUGCACUUUGAGCAAAGAUAAACUCUGCCCUAGUGCUCAAACCCCUAAAGUGAGGAAAACCAAGUCCGCGAAAACUGAGAUUACUGCCAAAAUUGAAAGCGCCGGAAGGCCAAAAGUCGAAAUCGAACUGGAGUAUGAAGGCUUAUGGCGUUUCAAGGAAGAAGAUGAUUAA